CAGAGUUAAGGGUAUCUAGGCUGCCUCAUACUAAUGCUACAAGAAGAAGAAGGAGACAGCCGCACGUCAAACGUUGUCGCUUAUCGUCCUGGUAACUUAACACAGCGCCAGUAAUGGAGCUGGAAUGGGAGGACCCUCCAGUCACUGAAUCACCGUUCUUUACAAGAGAUAACUAUGACAAAUAUUCGCUUUCACCCAGUAUUCAAGAACUGUGGGCCUUCUUAAACAGAAGUCCGACAGUGAACGUUGAUGUGAAACAGCAGUUUCUGGCUGGAGACGCAAACUCCCCCAGACCUUCUGCAGUGGGUGCUGAACCGGUUAAAGACAGCAGUUGCAUUAAAGAGGAAGAGAGUACCUGGGAUAGCUGUGAUAGUGGUGAACCCUCUGAUGCAGAUGAUACUGUCGAGACUGCAGAAGACUGCAAGGACACCAAGAAAUCAGAAGUGAAACCCAAGGCGGCUAAAAAUGAGCUUGAUGAUGCUUAUCCUGAACCCAGAUUGCCCUUCCCCUGUGUGUCCAGUCUGUCAAGCAGAGAACAAAAGACAUAUCUUGGCAUCCUGACAAGUAAAAAACCCAGGAAUCCUCCGGAGAAGUUGAAAGUGCGAUUGAACAAUGAAGUGAUGCAGUUCAUGAGGUACCUGCAUGAUGUGUCCAGAAUGUGUGCUCACGAUUACAGCUACAUAUCACAGGGAGCCAUGCAAUACUCAGAGGAUUUCUUCAGGAGCUGCUUGGAGUGUUUGAGAACAGACUUUCCACAGCUGUACCAGAUCAGUGAGAUGACCAGUUUGACAGGAGGAACAUUUAACCCAGGACUCAAUCUGACCUUUGAAAAGCAGCUUCUGAUCAUGGGCAAUGUGGAUAUUACAGACCAUAAGAUAGUGCCUGCUGAUGCACAGCUUGCAUCGGAUUAUCAGAGUGUUUCAUCACAGUAUCCUCCAGCAAAGAAAGCUAAGGACAAGCACGCUACAAUCAGCAGUGACAGUAAUGCUGAGAAGCUGUGCGCUCGUUACGAGCCUCAUGUAUGUCUAACUCGAGAUGCCAUGGUCAAGCUGUUGGACAACCAUGGUCCUGAAUUCCCAGACCCAUGGGAAAUGCCUGUUUGGGUAAAAUUAAGCCAAGGAAAAGGCAGUAGUCAGAGGAAGACUGUGUACAUAGACUCUCCACUGUUGAAGACGGAGGUGACAGUGAGAGAAAGGAGUCAUAUUUACCACGAGGAGAGUCUGAAGCUCUCCAUCAUUAAGACUGGCGUUAAAGAAGUAUUCCACUUGAUGACAGAGGUUCCUGUCGCUGAGAAACAAGUUCCCCUGGACCACUCUAAGAGAAGUUUGGUGUCUUUUGAAAGCAGUGGUCUUGACUUUGAAGUAGACCUGACUGACUUGGAAACAUUUGGAGAGACAACAACUGUUAAAACAUCCAAGAAGCUAAAUAUUGAGAAUGAGCAGAGUGAGAAAGCUGGAAGUCCCAUAGCAGCAAGUAAGAACACAAGGUCCAGCAGGCGUCUUGCUGCUAAACAGACAAGCAGCAGCUUACAAGAGGAGGUGAAUACAUCGUUGACAGACAAGGCUGAUUCCAUAAAAGAGCACUCAGCUCGGCCAGGUUUUAGCAAGGUCAGUGUACCAAAGAACAAGCAGACUAGACAGGACUCUGACCAGAAAUGUGAAGAAGAGCAACCUUCUAUAGGAGACUCAGAAGAUGACAGGCUGGUCAUUGAUGAUGCCAUGUCUCCAGAUGCAACAGCUACAAUGAAACACAAGGCUAGCACCACCCUGGACACCCCAGGUAUCCCCUCUUCUAUACCUGAAAGUCAGCAGUCACCUUCCCCCCACAAAGGUAAUGGGCAUAGACGGAUAUCCAAAAGAGCCAAGUUACCUGGUGACCAGCUGGGACAGAUCCUUCAUAUGCAGACAGUCAUGCUCAAUCCUGCCAGAGACCCAGCCAAAUGCUCUGCCCCACCUCCGGAGUCCAUCUCACCCCCACAAGCAGUUGGAUCCUCGAUUCAUUCCCAUCCAACAUCCCUGGUCAAGCCCUGUGUGUCCUCAUAUCUAGAGAGCAACCAGAACCAAAGUGGAGAGAUCUAUGCCGCUCCUCACCAUGAACCUACAUCAGCGGCCAACUCCAGUACAGUGGAACAGAAAAGAAUUCUUUCGCAGGAGCUGCAGGCAAGUGCGGAGGACGAACAAGACUAUGAAGCACCAAAGGAGGGCAACCUGCUCUACAAGCUCUACAGUCUGCAAGACCUGCUGCUUAUGGUGCGCAGCUCCGUCACUCUGACCCAUACCAGAAGGAUAGAAAACAGCUGCAACAACCAGCAUGUGCCAGUACAUGUCCUUCCCAAGCUGGAGUACCAACUCUGUUACGGUGUUGAGUGUCUAAGCAGAAGUGAGGCUUGCCAGCUGUGGGCUGAGACGCUGCUCCACUCCAGCACCGUCUCCUACAUUGCUCACAUCAAUGCGCACACAUCAAAAGUAGCUCUGCUAAGAAAGCUGCCUGAAGACUGGAAACAGAACAUCUCCUGUGAGUUCAAGCCAGCCAAGUCACUGAACAUACUGCAUCACUUGCUGAAAAAAAUUUCUGGGUUAGAGGAGGGACGAUACCUAAUAGCACACAAAGCAGGGGAACCAUUUGUGACCAUAUUAAAAACGGUUGAUGGGAAGGUGAGUCGAGGGGCGUACAGCCUGCAGCAGGCCCACAGCACUGUGCCCCAGCCCCCAGCCUCUGGCCUCAUACCGUGGCUGACCGUCGACCCAGCCGUGGUCUUGCCCUUCCAUAAGAAACAUGGCCGUGUGCCCUGCACAUUCCCACCAAGUGACUUCCUACAGACAGAGAAGGACAACCAUGGAGCCAAGAGAGCGAAGCAGUCAAAUACAAAUGUGAAUGCAGGAGGCAAAAAGAAGAAAGGCAAACGUGCCGCUAGACGCAACAAGUGGAUGAAAAAGACAAUUCAGAAGUCCGUUCAAAAUCCCACACAAUAGAAUCAGCAUAAAAACCACAGGAGGAACUGAUCUGUAAGACUGAGGAAAGCAGUCCAUUGGCAAGAAUGUGGAAAGUCUUCCACAUUCUUGUCAUAUUAAAAAUACCACAUAUACUUGAAUGUAAAUGUGAACGUUGAAGCACUUUUAUAGUAUUUAUACUUUUGUUACUUGAGUCUUGUUUACUACAUUUGAUUAUUUUUGAGUAUUUGGGAAUUGUAAUAUAUAUGUACAAACAGAGCAAUAAUAAAUGGUCUAUGAUUGUU